GUAGUAGUUCCCCUACAUCUUCAAACUAAUAAGCAUCAUAAUCUCCAGGCCAGCUGCUUAAUUCAACUUAGAUAUGGCUCUUCCUGAUCAAUCUCAAACUACCAGUUCUAAUACUACUUCUCAAUCUCACCUUUACCCUCAAGCACUCCAACUCAAACUUUAUCAGGCCUUCAUAUUCUCGAUUCCUAUUCUUUUCUCGAUCAUUCUCUUCCUCUUGUUCUACUUGUUCUACCUCAAAAGAAGGGCUUCCACUCUUCAAUCUUCUCCUCCAAUUCUCAUUCGAAGAAGAAGCCCUAAUCAAGCUUCAGCACCUUCACAAUAUGUUUCCUCACCGUGUCCAAUGGAUUUGAAGGGAGAGCUCAAAGAGAAGCUUCAGAUCAUACUCUUCGAUGAAGAAUUGAUGAAAAAGGACUCCCAAUGUUGUGUUUGCUUGGGGGAAUUUGAAAUGGAAGAGGAGCUACUGCAGGUUCAAUCGUGCAAACAUGUCUUCCAUGUCGAUUGCAUACAUCACUGGCUGCAUAACAACACAACCUGCCCCCUUUGCAGAUGCUCGGUGAUUCCGAUUAGUACGAGUACCAAACUCGAUACUAGUAAUCCGGCACUAUUAACUGUUAGUACCACCGCUUUAACGGAGCCACCUGCACAACAACUCCAGCAGCACCAUAGCAUAGUAGUCUCCCACCAGAGUCCCGGGAUAGUAUCAUUAGAGCUACGUCAACAGCAACAGAUGGAGAAUAACGUAGCUCCAAAUGGGACAGCACCGAUUGGAGAAGAAUCAUCAUCAACUGCAGGGACCGGUGGUUCAACUUUAAGGGACUCUGGGUGUUCUAGUACUAGUGAUCGAGAUUUGGGAGACUCGGUUACUAUUCAUAUCCAAGACGUUUAAGCCAUGCGUGCUUUCCUUCUCCAACCAGGAAUAACAUAUGUUUCUCAGCUAUGUACUUUCUCAUUUUUGGCGGCACUCCGGCAGCUAGUUAGCCUAGAUAGACGAGAGACCAGCAAUAUAUAUUGCCAAGAACCUCGAGAGAGGUCCAGUGUACGUAAUUUGAAGUGUGACUUCAAUAGAAGAGUGAAUGAUUAAUGUAGUGGCCCAAUUAAAAGUAGAGUAUGGGGCUGCAUUUGUUAGC